AGGGGGUUCCCAGAAAAUACCUCCUCCUGCUGUUCCUCAGCUCUAUCUCGUGAAUAUCAAACAGUCGCCGUCUCCAUAUUGGAAGCAGACAUCGGAAAACACGGGAAAACAUGAAGAGGCAGUUUUUGACGAUCGCUUAAACGCACAGAUGUCGGCGUUCCCCGCUAACGUUAUAGCUCCAGGAGUUUAAACGCAAUCGCGCGGGUCAUUUAUUCAGCCUAAAUUUUGAGGCUUCAUGGUCAGCUCGCUAACGCUAUCUUAUAUUAGCAAUCCAGCCUCCAACUAUUUGUUUAGCCAUUCGGCGCUGGCGCAAUUGAUUUUUGUUAUGCGCGUCAGUACGGGCUGAUUGAUCAAAUGUGUGUCCGCGACGCGUAUUUUAAUGCAACAAAACGCAAAGAUUAGUGGUCGGGUGCCGUCCGUUCGCCCACGCUAGCCUGAGCGACAGCAGUCUGCUGCUGGCUGGAGAUCUGCCAUUAACUCGACUAACGUUAGCUGUUAGCACAACCUCAAACACGGACACGGCCACAACUCGCUGGAAAAAGGAGCUAACAUCUCGUUUCCAUGGACAGCACGUCCAUAAUAACACAGGUGACGAACCCCAAGGAGGAGGAGAUACUCUCGUCAAAUGCUGAGAAAGUUUCGCUGUCUAACAGCAGUCUGAAGAAGAAGAGGACUCGCAGCAUCUUCAGCUCAUUGUUCUGCUGCCUGAGAAGCUACGAUGCCGAGCCCCCCACCACCCCCAACAACAACAGCAGCCCUCUGCCCCCACCCGUGGAAGAGAACGGAGCUCCACCAAAGUGUGACCAGGUUGAGGUCAUCCCUAUCCCCAGUCCUCCAGAGAAGUACCUCCUCCCUGAAGUUAACAUAAACGACUUUGGGAAGAAGUGUGUGGUAAUAGACUUGGAUGAGACACUGGUGCACAGCUCGUUUAAGCCCAUUAGCAACGCUGAUUUCAUCGUCCCAGUGGAGAUCGAUGGUACAGUGCAUCAGGUGUAUGUGCUCAAAAGACCUCACGUUGACGAGUUCCUGCAGAAAAUGGGCGAGCUGUUUGAAUGUGUGCUUUUCACAGCCAGUCUAGCCAAGUAUGCUGACCCGGUUGCUGAUCUGCUGGACCAGUGGGGUGUGUUUCGGACGCGACUCUUCCGGGAAUCUUGCGUUUUCCACCGAGGGAACUACGUCAAAGACCUUAGUCGGCUCGGGAGAGAGCUCAGGAACGUCAUCAUUGUGGACAACUCCCCUGCUUCCUACAUUUUCCAUCCUGAAAACGCUGUUCCCGUGCAGUCGUGGUUUGAUGACAUGAAUGACACGGAGCUCCUGGACCUGCUGCCUUUCUUUGAGGGACUGAGCAAAGAGGAGGAUGUGUACGGUGUGCUGCAGAACCUGAGGGGCAGGUAGCAGUCUGAGCCGCAGUGUUUCGGCUCCCAGCGCCUCUCUCCUCCAGCCUGCAGUCCUCACCUCACCCACACCACCAGGAAAUUAACAGACUUUGAACAUUUAAUGGACACUCAAAUAUUUCUCUUUUGAAAAGUGCUUAUGAUAAACCAAAAAAAAUCAACAACUGCUUUUUCUUUCCCUUUUUUGAAAUGAAAUAUCCAAGUCAUAACCAUUCUCUGAGGUGUUGCUAUGCAGGUAGAAAUCCGUAGGGUUAAAGGACUGUGGGGUUUCCUCUCCAACCCAACAAAGUGCCUUUUUUGAAUGUCAUUUUUACGGGGGAAAUUAACAUUUUGUACACAACAUAUUUCCAGAGAACCUAAUCUUUACAAGAAUUAUAUGCUUUAAAAUGGAGGCAGGUCGGACUCUUUUUUUUUUUUUUUUUACAAAAGCACUGUUAAAGAGGCCAGAGAUUUUUAAUUAUGUAAGGCUUGGUACACGUCUCCAUCUUUGUUCUUCUUGUGCUCCUUUUAUUUUGCUUUAGCUUGUGCCAUUAUAUAGACUGAGACUAUUAUCUAGACUUGUAUAUGUUUAGUUUGUUUUUCUAAGCGCAAAGGAAUGCAUUUGCACUUGUUGGGAUACUCGUCUCCUAUGCCACAGCCUCUUUUGCCAACUGACCCAGAAGAAACAAUCUUGAACCGAAGAUUGUAUCGUGCCAAUCGCUAAUAUUUGUCUCGUGAUCUGAUGCUGAAGUACAUUUGUGUUCAGCAAAAAGGCCUGACACUAAUAUUGGUGCCGGAGACAAAUGUUUGAUCAUCCCAGUUGACAACAUCGAGUUUUAGCCGCUUGUCUUUUUUGAAACUUUAACGUUGAUCUAAAUGCCUUUGGGUGAAGUAGCCUAGACAUCCACUGCAGUUGUUCCCCCCAGGUAGUAUUUUUAAGGGGAAGUGUCCUUUAUGGAAACCAAGAUGCACAAUUGCAAAUGUAUCCCUUUUAUCAUUUUUAAUUCUUUUCUGCUUGAGUCGUGAGUUAUUGAGAAUUGAUAAAGGUCCAUCUUUACGUUUUUAAUUAGUUUUAACUUGUUACACCAUACCCUGCUGCUACCACGGUUUACUACACUACAAAAGACCUCCCUGUAGGGUACCACCAGUACCAGCCCAGGGACGAGAGCACUGUGCAGCUCGUGCCAGAGCAUCGUCCAAAGGCAGAACAGACACAGUAGGACCCUAAAGGGUUUGUUCUUGUCCUCUCUUGAGGAGCUAAGCAGAGCUCUUUUCUCCCAGUGAGAUUCUGAGGGGGUUUAAAAAAGGUGUUUGGCGCAAGCUGUGCAGACUCUCCAUCACCGCAGUGCCUAAGAUGAGAGUAGCAGUGGCGGGAUGUCCCGCUGCUGAACAGGCAAUAACCUCUCUCUCUCUCUCUCUCUCUCAGCCCAGAGUCCACCACGUCACAGUUUGGUCACCUCACAUUGUUCUUUGUUUUGUUUUUUUUCUCCAGUCUUUCAUCAUCUACCUCUCUUACUCUCUUCAUCCUGUUCUGUGACGGAGAGCGAUUCAUUCUCACGUCUUCUGUCAGUAUUUGAGACGUAUGCUCAUGUUCGCCCACACCUGCUGUUUUCUGCUUGUUGAAGUGCUGUACAGCCUCUUCAAUCAAUCGUCGGCGCUUUCAAAUCUGCUGGAUAUUUUGCCUGCCAAUAUUUCAGAUUUCUAGCUUUUCUUUCUAAUUGUGAACCACAAUACUUUUCACACGUGCAAAUUUCACCUUUUUUCUUUGAACACGGUAGACUCCCGGUGAUCUGACAGGAUUGAAACACUAUCGGUUUUGCUCACAGUUGAUGAUGUUUGCUUCUGUUCUCGGUGUUAUUCACGCCUGAACUGUCAAGUGCUGUUUGUAAUACACCAUGUUUUCUUAAAUAUCUCAAGUGGUUACAUCCAGUUAAAUGAUGCCUUAUUUUCUUUGAUAUGUUUUUCAGUAAGCCAUACAAGACACUUUAAAUGGGCCACGGAUUGACUCGGGGGUUUGAAAUCAGUUUGGAAAGGCUGUACAGUGCUGAUGUUUGGACUAGAUUUCAAGCUGAAUUGAUUCAUGGUUGUCGUAAGUUUUCUUCCGGACUCUGACGUGUUCUAUUAAAGCACCUUUUUAAAAAA